AGGCAGCCCCGCGCAGCGCCGCGGCCAUGCUGCUGUGGCGGCGCCUGCCGGCCCCGCGGGCGGCUCUGCUCCUGCGGUGGCUCUCGGCGGCUGUGCCGCGCCCGACGCCAGGACAGGCACCAGCACCGGGACAGGGACCUGGGCCAAGCGGCGAUGGAGUCGGCACCCCGCGGCCUCUUUACAUGGACGUCCAGGCCACCACCCCUCUGGAUCCCAGGGUCCUGGACAGCAUGCUCCCAUAUCUGACAGCCUACUAUGGCAAUCCCCACUCCAGGACCCAUGCCUACGGCUGGGAGAGCGAGGCUGCCAUGGAGAAGGCAAGGCAGCAAGUUGCAGAUUUAAUAGGAGCUGACUCCAGGGAGAUUAUCUUUACCAGUGGUGCAACAGAAUCAAAUAAUAUGGCAAUUAAGGGUGUUGCAAGGUUCUAUAAGUCCAGGAAGAAACACAUCAUUACCACACAGACCGAACACAAGUGCGUGUUGGAUUCUUGCCGCUCCUUGGAGGCAGAAGGUUUUCGGGUCACUUAUCUACCUGUUAAAAAAAAUGGGAUCAUAGACUUGAAGGAGCUGGAGGCUGCGUUCCAGCCAGAUACAAGUUUGGUUUCUGUAAUGACUGUGAAUAAUGAAAUAGGAGUGAAGCAGCCAGUUGGUGACAUUGGUGACAUCUGCCGAGCACGCAAGGUUUUCUUCCACACAGAUGCUGCACAAGCAGUUGGUAAAAUCCCUGUGGAUGUCAACAACAUGAAAAUAGAUCUAAUGAGCAUCAGUGGCCACAAAAUUUAUGGUCCCAAAGGAGUCGGUGCCAUCUAUGUUCGCCGUCGGCCACGUGUCAGGCUGGAGCCCCUGCAGAGUGGGGGAGGCCAGGAGAGAGGGCUGCGAUCUGGGACUGUGCCCACCCCUUUAGCAGUGGGCCUGGGGACAGCCUGUGAAGUGGCACAGCAAGAGAUGGAGUAUGACCAUAAGCGAGUGUCCCAGCUGGCAGAACGCCUGGUUACAAACAUAAUGAGUGAAGUUCCUGAUGUGGUUAUGAAUGGAGACAGAGAGCAUCGCUACCCAGGAUGUAUCAAUUUAUCUUUUGCAUAUGUGGAAGGAGAGAGUCUUCUGAUGGCUCUGAAAGAUGUGGCGCUGUCUUCAGGAAGUGCCUGCACAUCAGCUUCUCUGGAGCCUUCCUAUGUUUUGCGGGCAAUUGGAACGGACGAAGACUUGGCUCACUCAUCUAUAAGAUUUGGCAUUGGCCGUUUCACAACAGAAGAAGAAGUGGAUUAUACAGUGCGGAAGUGCAUCCAGCAUGUCAGGAGGCUGCGGGAGAUGAGCCCCCUCUGGGAAAUGGUGCAGGAUGGAAUUGAUCUCAAAAGCAUUAAAUGGACUCAGCACUGAGAGAAUGUCACUAUCUAUGGAUGUAGAUUAAAGUGCAUUUCCCGUACAUUCCUGAACAAAUUUUCCAGCACUUCUGGUUUUUGACGCUUGCAGUUUGACUGGAAAACUACCCUUUCUGACCACACAGUCUGAGAAGCCAAAAAUUAAACUAGUAUUUAUCCUGGAGAAAGUCAGGAUGCUGUAACACACACUGCAUUUAUACUGACACAGAUAAAUUGAUAAUAGAACAGAAUUUAUUUGGAAAUGUCUUCUCUCAUAAGAAAAGGAAAUCAGGUUGUUGCUCCUGGGGCCAGUGGUGUGCUGGUGAGAGGUGGUUGCUCUUCAGUGUAAAAGAUCCCAUUGUAGCUGUUAUGUUUGCAGUACAGAGCUGUUGCCAGGACUCCUGUCUUGUUUGGGGUAGACAUCCUGCAACAACAGCUGGUUUUGUGCUACUCAGAUGUGUUGUACUGUGAGAAAUUCUCAGAUGAAAAGCAGCUUGGCGCUUCUAGAGGAGGAGGAUGGGUUGGUGUGGCUGUGUGCCUUCACAGUUCACUUGUAGGUGCAGUUCAGAACAUAUUUUCUUCAACACUGGUUUUGCCUCUUGAUCCUUGGUUUUAUCUUGUUUGGCAUGAUGCUUGUACAAACCAGUUUGCACUAAUUCAAAAUACCCUUCUGCAUUAGAAUUCACAUUAGAAUUCCA